AUGCAGGAGAUUGAGUUGAAAAAAUGGGUCUCCGACAAAUUGAUGUUGCUAUUGGGAUACUCUAAGCCUGAAAUUGUUUUGUAUGUUCUUGGUUUGUCCGAACAAGCAUUGUCCCCGGCUGAAUUGGCCCAACAGCUAGAGGAUGUUGGGUUAUCAGCGUCAAGCGAAACAUGCUCGUUCGCUGAAGAAAUUUUCAAGAAGGUUCCACGUGAUAAAGCUUCUUCCGGCUUGAAUCUUUAUCAGAUACAGGAAAGGGAGGCAAUGAUUCUUGCUAGGAAGCAAAGGACACACACAAUUCUGGAGGCCAACAUUGAUGCCGAUGAUAGUGUUGGUGAUGCUGGCAACAGAAAGUGUUUCAGAAAGAGGAAAAUUGAAGAACAAGAAGGUGAUGAAAAAGGAAAACAAGUUAAGAGACAGAUUGAAGAGAGAUUGGGUGACCAAAGAGAGAGCAAUAAUGUCAAGACACUGAGAAGAAUUUCGAGGCAAGAGUACUUGAAGAAGAGAGAGCAAAAGAAGCUGGAGGAGAUGGGAUAUGAUAUACAGGACGAGGAGUACCUGUUUGAGGGUGUAAAGCUGAGUGAAGCAGAGAAUCAAGAGAUGAGGUACAAGAAACAAGUUUAUGAGCUUGCCAAGAAGAGGUCUAGAGAAUCUGAUAAUGAUAUGGGCGAGUACAGAAUGCCCGAAGCUUAUGAUGGAGAAGGGGGUGUAAAUCAGAAGAGAAGAUUUGCUAUUGCAAAGCAAAAUUACAGGGAUGCAAGUGCCGGAGAUGAGAAGAAGCCAUUCGCAGAACAAUCAGCUUGGGUAGAGCAGCAGAUCAAAAGGGCUACUCUCAAUUUAAAAAAACAUAAAAACCCAACAAGUGAUGAAUAUGAGUUUGUGUUCGAGGACGAUGUUAAUCACUUCAUCAAUGCUACGACUAUGGAUUGCGAUGAAUUCAAAGUUGAAUCACCUAUUGAGCCAACUUUGGUUGAUGAGAGAGAAGCUCUGCCAAUCUAUACGUUUCGAGAUCAAUUGCUCAAAGCUGUUUGUGAUCAUCAGGUCCUUGUUAUUACAGGAGAGACAGGCUCUGGAAAGACUACUCAGAUACCUCAAUAUCUUCACGAGGCAGGCUACACAAAACGUGGGAAGAUUGGAUGUACUCAGCCACGUCGAGUUGCUGCUAUGAGUGUUGCUGCCAGAGUUGCACAAGAAAUGGGUGUCAAACUUGGGCACGAGGUGGGUUACUCUAUUCGCUUUGAAAACUGCACAUCAGAGAAGACCGUUUUGAAAUACAUGACUGAUGGAAUGUUGUUGAGGGAACUUCUUGGUGAACCAGACCUUGCAAGCUACAGUGUGUUGAUGGUAGAUGAAGCUCAUGAAAGAACUAUAUCAACUGAUAUUUUGUUUGGUUUAGUUAAGGAUAUUGUUAGGUUUCGUCCUGAUCUCAAAUUGCUCAUAUCAAGUGCCACUCUUGACGCAAAAAAGUUCAGUGAUUUUUUCGAUUCUGCCCCAAUUUUCGAAAUACCCGGAAGGCAAUAUCCUGUUGAAAUAUCCUACACAAAAGCGCCAGAGGCUAACUACUUGGAUGCGGCGAUUGUCACUGUUCUUCAAAUCCAUGUGACUCAACCAGAUGGUGACAUAUUGGUCUUCCUCACCGGGCAAGAGGAAAUUGAGACAGCUGAGGAAAUGCUUAAUCAGAGAAUGAAGGGUCUGGCAUCAAAGAUAGCACAACUUGUAAUUUUUCAAAUCUAUGGAAACCUUCCAACUGAGCACCAGGCAAAAAUAUUUGAACCUGCCCCUAAAGGAGCACGAAAAGUUGUCCUUGCCACAAAUAUAGCAGAAACCUCUUUGACAAUUGAUGGGAUAAAGUAUGUCAUUGAUCCAGGAUUUUGCAAGAUGAAGACUUGUAACCCGCGGACUGAGAUGGAGUCGUUAUUAGUCACUCCCAUAUCAAAAGCGUCAGCAAUGCAAAGGGCUGGUCGAGCUGGGCGAACAGGUCCUGGAAAGUGUUUCCGCUUGUACACAGCAUAUGACUAUCACAAUGAUAUGGAAGACAAUACUGCACCGGAGAUACAGCGUACCAACCUUGCAAAUGUUGUGCUGACUCUUAAGACCCUCGGUAUCAGUAACUUGAUGAAUUUUGAGCUUAUGGAUCCCCCACCAGUCGAAGCUUUACUGAAAGCUCUGGAAUUACUUUAUGCGCUGAGUGCUCUGAAUAAAUCAGGUACAAGUGCUCGGGUGAGAUCAUAACGAUUGCUGCCAUGCUUUCUGUUGGGUUAGGAGUAUGAAACGGGCCAGAGAUAUAAGAGACCAGUUGGAGGGGCUAUUGGAGAGGGUGGAAAUUGAACUGACUCCCAACACAAGUGAUAUAGAAGCUAUAAAGAAGGCUAUAACAUCUGGUUUUUUCACCCAUUCUUCAAGGCUGCUGAAAAAUGGAUCUUAUCAAACCGUCAAACAUCCUCAGACAGUUUAUAUUCACCCUACCUCAGGUUUAUCACAUGAGCAUCCAAAAUGGGUUAUUUACAAUGAGUUGGUUCUGACGACCAAGGAGUAUAUGCGGCAAGUUACCGAGAUAAAAUCUGAAUGGCUGCUUGAAAUAGCUCCUCAUUAUUAUCAGUUGAAGGAUGUUGAAGACAGUGGAUCAAAGUUAUUGGGACACAAAGAAGGGCAUUAAUUGAGAGGAGAAGAUUAUUUGGUAGCUUGUGAUGCAAGUUCUGAGAUGUUGUAAGGUGUGACAUUGGCUCUUUGAAUUUCCAAAACGAAGAGAGAUUAUGCAAAGAUUUUGCAGCUUUAGUGUUGCUGUUGCUCCACUAGGAUGCUAUUGUCCAUUGAAUUCUAAGUCUAUCUCCAAUUUGCAACAGAUAAGCUCAUUUUACUCUCUCUCUCUCUCUCUCUCUCUCUCUCUCUGUUUAGUUUAUUUCUGAUGUAAAAAUAUUGUCAAUAUCUUAUACUAUUAUCUAAUGACUAGUCUGACAUUGUAGCAAUUGUGUUGUUUUGGUGAGUGAUAUCAACCCACAACUUAAAGUUGCAAAAAUCAACAAGUCCAAGCAGUUGUCUUCUUCAUAUGCUUAAAUAUAGAGACAGAUUUUGGUAAAACAUACAUGAAAUUGAUGUUUCCAGAAAUGGAAGUUUAUAGGGGUCUGUUAAUACAUGCUGUGUUAGUGAGGAUGGAAACAAUCAGACGUAUUCUUUGACCAUGGCUGUCCCUUGAGACUUAUAAAUGAAAUUGGGAUGUGGUUCACUUUCUUAUAUGAUAGACAGAAGGUAAAGUUAAAAAUGUCAAAAGUGCAUAGUUUUAUAUAUUGUACUGUUAAUUACUUGGAAUUCGUUACUGUAUACUUACUAAUCUGAUUUCAUAUGGGGACUGGUUGAGACAUUCGAUCUUUUGAUGCUAGGUGUCGAACAUACGUUUUGUGUUAGGCAUUUAUAUGCCAAUUUCAAUAUCAGAUUCUAGGUUAUGGAAUUAAAAGACUUAAUUUAGCAUGUAUUUAAGCAAAACAUAGAUAAAAUUAAGAAAAUUAACGCUGAUGCACAUUAUUGGCUCAUGCAUAUCCCACCUGAAUGAUUGACCAAGUCUAAGUUCUCAUGUAGAUCCAAAUGUGAUUUAUGCUUGUCAUUAUGUACAUAGGUAAGGCUUUGGACAUGCCUUUGUUGAUUAUUUUUGAAAUGAUAAAGAGACAAAUUGGAAUGGAUGGCAGGGGAUAUGGUCCUAGUUGUGGUUAUGGCAAUUGGAAUGGAUUGGGCAUGUGCACACCUACUUGUUGGAUAGCUUGAUGUUGAUGUACAUUGUUGGGCCUAACCUUUUGGAACAAUUGGUGACUUAACAACGUGUCAGAGCCCAGUUUUUUUUUUUUUUUUUAAACUGAAAGUGUCAGAGCUCAGGUUGAGAAGAGUGAGAUUGAAUGAGCUUCACAUGUUCUAUUGCGUUGGAUUGCAUGCAUGCUUCGAAUGUUUGGAGUCAAUGCUUAAUGUGGUGGGGUAGUCAAUGGGUAUGUCUUCCUUCCUUGGGCAUUUUUUUUUAUGCUGAUUUUCCAAUCCUUAUUGAGACUAGGAAAAAGAAUUUGGAAAACUAUAAUUUAUGCAGUGUUGUGGUCAAUUGUUCCUAUUAAUUAAAAUUCAAACUACUUUUAGGAUUAAAGAAUUUGCCAAAUUUUUUUUUUGUUAUUCUGUGAAUGAUUUUGUUAUGGGUUGAUGGUAUUCAGAGGUUUGUUGAAUUACUCUAUCUUGUCAAGGCCUUUGAUUUUGCUUUUUAAAAUCAUAAUUAGACUUAUUAGUUAGAUUCGUAGAAUCCCCAAUGUGAUGUUGAUUCUCUUAUGCAAGAGGUUGCCCUUGCAUAAAUUGUGAAAAAUUCAUGGUGUUGAUUUCUCCACCGAAUUGGGGUGUUGCUUUUGUCAAGAAUUGAUAGCUGCCCUUGCUUUGUAGGAUUUUAUGAGGUGUUUCUUUUGUUUAGAACUGUGGUGUUAAUUUCUCCACCAAAUUAUGGUGUUGUCAAGAAUUUGAGGUUCUGUCCUUUUAGUUCUAUUUCUUUUUGCCAUUUUUGAUAUCUAUCAGGAUUGAUUGAUUUUGUCUUUAUGAAUUCUUCCAUCUUUAAAAAGAAUUUGUAACUACGUGCGGCCAUGCUUCCAAUCUUGGAAUACCUUAAUGGCUAUUGGAAUCAAGUUCCCUCCAAGUUUUCCAUAAAUUGUACUAUUUUUAUUAUUGCAGAGCUGGUGUAAUAUGAAGCUCUGAUUGCUACUUUGGUGACGAGGUUUCUACUACUGAAAUCUACCAACACUGCCUCCAACUAUUUAACUAGCAUUCACAUGUAGGUAGUGGCUUUCAUGGAUUUGGCUAUGGCAAAGAAAUGAAUUUUAUGGCAUACCCAAGCAUGGAAUGGGCGACAUGAUGGGCCUUUAUUUAUUUUUUUUCAAAACUGAUUUGUAGCUCGAAAAGAGCCCCCCGAAUCCCCCGAAUUUGAAAAAGGAAGAAGAAGAAGAAGAAGAAGAACUGGAGGGGCCAACAUCAACCGGGCUGGGCUGCGACGGCCUCGACCCUCGAUCGGCGGAGGCGCGGCGAUCGGCGACGGCCUCGACCCUCUCUUUUCUUUCUCUCCCUCUCCCUCUCUGCGUUUCAGACUGGAGGGAAGAAAAAAAAGAAAAAAAGAAAAAGAAAAAGGAAAUUGUCCAAAAUGACAUCGUUUUGGGCAGUCGGGGGAUUCGGGGAAAAAAUCAUUUUUCUUUUUUUUUUUGUUAACAAAGUGACAUGGACUUUCAUCAGCUGAUCUUUUUGCUAUCUUCAAUUUUUUGAUAAGUAGAUGCAAAAGAUCAAUCAUCUAGAAUUUAUUAUUUUUGUUCUACAUGAUAUGCCUGUUUGGCAGAACUUAAAAGCAACUUAUUUCAGCUUUCAGCUUAAUUUAA